AUGUGUUGUGGUCAUACCGAUCACACAUCUUUGUCAAUCUAUGGAACAGACAUGCACUAUUCAGACAUGGGGACAACUGAAAACGAUAUGCCGUAUUUGGAGCCUGAGUACGCUUACUCUAAGGAGGCAUGGAGUGCAACCAUGCCCCCUGACGAGGAUCCAAAUCAAACACAGACGAGACUCUUGGGUGCGCCAGAAAAUAUGACACAAGAGAUUUUGGAACCCACUGCAUACUAUGCACAGAAUAUGCCGGACAGAUGCAGUGUGUAUGAUGAUGACGAAGAAAAGCGCAUUAUACACUAUGGCCACAUUCCUCAACGCCAACCGCGUCGAUACCGAACAAUCAAGCGUGUGCCUCUACACGAUGGGCAUCUUGUGCUUGACUGUCCAAUUCCACCACGAUUGAUGCGUCGAUUACCAAUCCGGGAAGGGCGAGAGUUUGGUUACAUGCGAUAUACGGCUAUCACAAGCGACGCAGACAGUUUUGUUCCUGACAGGUACUCGCUUCGGCAACAAUUGUAUGAUCCUCCACGAUCUACGGAACUUUGCAUCAUAUUGACUAUGUACAACGAAGAUGAACAGCUUUUUACACGUACGAUGCAUGGCGUUAUGUCGAACAUUGCACAUCUUUGCUCGCUCAGAAACCACUCGACUUGGGGUGAGGGAAGUUGGAAAAAAGUGGUUGUGCUCAUUGUGUCUGAUGGACGAAACAAGAUUCAUAGCCGCACACUCAGUGUGCUUGCUGCGAUGGGAAUAUAUCAGGAAGGCAUCGCGAAGAGCGCGGUUCAGGGAACACCUGUCCAGGCCCAUAUGUAUGAAUAUACUGCGCAAAUCUCGGUCGAUUCUUCGCUCAAAUUCCGCAGUGCUGAGCGUGGAAUUGUCCCUGUUCAGAUGAUAUUCUUACUGAAAGAGCAGAACCGCAAAAAGAUCAACUCACAUCGAUGGGCUUUCAACGCUUUUGGUCCACUGUUGAAUCCACGCGUGUGUAUUCUGCUCGAUGUUGGCACGAUGCCGAAACAGCGGAGCAUUUAUCAUCUUUGGCGUGCAUUUGACAGUGAUCCUAAUGUCGGUGGAGCCUGUGGUGAAAUAGUGGUCCAAAAGGGAUUGCUGUGGCACGCUUUGUUCAAUCCGCUUGUGGCUGCACAAAACUUUGAGUACAAAAUGAGCAAUGUACUGGACAAGCCGAUGGAAAGUGCUUUCGGCUACAUUAGUGUGCUACCUGGUGCAUUCAGUGCAUACAGAUUUGCCGCAUUGCAGAACGACCCCAUGGGCCACGGCCCGCUGCACUCCUACUUGAAAGGUGAGUCUAUGCACGGCGGACAUGACGAUGUCGACAUAUUUACGAGCAAUAUGUAUUUGGCCGAGGAUCGCAUCUUGUGUUGGGAACUUGUGACGAAGCGGAAUGCUGCAUGGGUCUUGCGCUUUGUGAAGCGAGCUCAAGCAGAAACUGAUGUGCCGACGCACGUAGCUGAGCUCAUGUCUCAACGACGGCGCUGGCUGAAUGGCUCUUUCUUCGCAGCCAUUCACUCGAUUAUCAAGUUUGGACGUAUUUAUCGAUCAAGUCAUUCUAUUGGACGUAAGAUCCUUUUGCACAUUGAGAUGCUGUACCAAGUCUUCAUGUUGUUCUUUUCGUGGUUUUCGAUGGCUAAUUACUUUAUUACUUUCUUUAUACUGGCCGAGUCAAUGCAGACCAUUGCGCAUUGGAUCCGGGUUCCUGCAUUGAUAUGCGAGUAUAUCUAUCUUGCUUUCAUUAUUUACUGCUUUCUUCUCUCGAUGGGAAAUCGGCCACAGGGCAACCGGGUUGGCUACCUUGUUUCCAUGAUUGUUUUUGCUCUAUUCAUGCUAAUUAUGAUGGUAUUUGUUGUGUUUCUCGCGUACUGGGGCAUAACCCAUGAGCUAGAGAGUCACGAUGACGUUUCGAUUCUCAAGGAUGGCGUGUUUGUGCGAAUUGUCAUUUCAGUGAUAAGCACGUACGGCGUCUGGCUGUUGGCCUCAUUGCUAUUUCUUGAUCCAUGGCACAUGAUCACAAGCCUUUUUCAAUACCUGCUUUUAUCGCCCAGCUUUAUCAAUGUCAUUAAUAUCUAUGCAUUUUGCAACACACAUGAUGUGUCAUGGGGCACAAAAGGUUCGACAACCUUGACGUCGGACCUUGGCCAAGCAUCGGGCCCAUCGAAUGAUGCCGUCGAGGUCACGAUACCCAACGAGUCUCAAGACGUGGAUGCAGCCUAUGAAGAUGCAUGCCAGAUCCUCUCAUCUAAACCACCUUCGAGGUCGCUUUUCUUGAAAGAAGACACAAGCCAGGCACAAAUGGACUAUUAUGCGACUGUGCGCACAAAUGUCGUGCUUGCGUGGACGCUCACGAACGUGGCACUCGUCAUCGGCAUUAUCAAUUUGUCACACGAAGUACACAAUGUUUACAUGGCUGUCCUGUUUUAUUCUGUUGCAGCACUGGCAUUUUUCCGACUUUUGGGAGCCAUCAUGUACAUGCUAGGAAAACUGUUGCCCCACAAAUAG